AUGGCGGAGCUCGACAUCAGCCCGGCGGCCGUGCUGGCUUUCCUGCGGGAGCGCGGCGGUUGGGUGCGCAACACCGAGCUGGUGAGCACCUUCCGGCCGCUGCUGGAGGCCGGCGGGGAAGCGGCGGAGCGGGCGGAGCGGCGGGAACGCUUCAAGGAGGCGGUGAACGCCGUGGCGGUGGUGAAGGAGCGGGACGGGGCCAAGGUGGUGGUCCUCCGGCGGCACCUGCGCCCCGCCCCGCCGCCAGGGGGCGCCCCGCCGACGGGGGGAGCCCCGGGGCCGCCUGAGGAGCCGGCGUCCCCCUUGUCACCCCCGGAGGAGGAGGCGGCCGGGUCCCGCUCGCCCGGCCUGCGUCGGGGGCCCAAGAACCACCGGGCCAGCGAGGAGCAGUGGCGGCGGGGCCGCUUGGCGGCGGUGCCGCUGGAGGAGGCCGAGCACCAGUGGCUGGUGAUGGCGGCCGGCGGGCAGUGGACCCAGCAGCUCCACGGGCUUCUGCUGGGCGACGCCAGCCUGGCGGCCCGCAGGGACUUCAUCUCGGGCUUCACCGCCCUGCACUGGGCCGCCAAGAGCGGCAACUGCGACAUGGUGACCAACAUCAUCCGAGCGGCCGAGAAGGGGGGAGCCCGCGUCAACGUGGACGCCAGGUCGCACGGCGGCUACACGGCGCUCCACUUGGCCGCCAUGCACGGCCAGGAGAAGAUCAUCACCAUGCUGGUCUACAGCUACCACGCCAAGACCGACCUGAGGGACUACAGUGGGAAGAAGCCGCACCAGUACUUAAAGGAAGGGACCUCCUCGGCGGUCCGGCGCUUGCUGGGGGACCCCAGCCUGUCCCACAGCACCGAGCCCUCCGUGCCCAUCAAGAAGAGCACGAAGCUCGCGGCUUCCAUCUUGAGCUCCACGAGCACGUUUCUGGGGGUCAUAUCCGAUGACAUGGCUUUCUACGAUCUCACCAAAGGUUUAAGGAAGCCCUCGUCCUUAAACAAGCUCCUGGCUGCCACUACGGGCCCGAGGAGAAAGCCAAAGACCAGAGGGGGCUUCCCUUCAUAUUCCUCCCUCUCCGAGGUAACGGAGGAGGAGGAAGAGGAGGUUGUCGUGAAACGCAGGCCCGUUUCUGAGCUGUUCUUUGGCCACUAGCCUCUGCCUUCCUGGGAUCAGAAUUGUUUAAUAACGCGACUGGGGUCUGGAUUUUUCUCUGGCAGAAGCAGCUUGGAUUUCUUCUCUCCGUGUCUGUCUUCUUGGAUGUUCAACUGAAUCAGCGAUGAGUCUGGCUCCAAAGGCCACUGGACGAAACCCAGCUCACAGACACCUGUGGAAAGGGAGUGUUGUGACUGCUGCACGGCCCGUCACGCCGCUGUGUUGGUGGAGACCGCAGACUUUACACCCAAUGCUUGAAAAAACUAAACCUCUGUGCACGUAGACAGGUUCAAAUGCUUAAGGUACAGCCUUCUUGAUCUGUGUUCCUCGUCCGGAGGGCAAAAGUAAGGUAAAGGAUGGCAUAUUCUACACUGUGAACAGCAAGCUGGUAGCUGGCUGCUUUAACAUGGCUUGUUCUAGAGCAGGCUUAAAUUAUUCGAGGAAAGAUGCAUAGUUUUCUAUGACGUUUCUGAUUAUUUUGGUAACAGAAGAGGAAUAUUUCUAUUUAAAAAAAAAAUUGUGUACUCAACUAUUUUCAAAACAAAGCUUCUCGCUAUCAGAAAUACUAACAUAACAAUCUCCACUGUUGCCUAAAGCGUUUCAUUAGAUGAACAGGUUUAAAAAAAAAAAAACACCAAACCCCAACCCUCAGCACUCAAAUCGUGACCUGUCUACCUCAGUCUGAAAGCUAGGUUAGCAUUUUAAAUUCUUCUUCCUCUUCCUGAGAGGCAUUUUGUUCAGGUGGUACCGGCCACACAUCUUGAUGAUACUGUGAACAUUUAAACUUAACUAUAGUUCAAUCUCUUAAUCUGAGUAAAAGCCUUGUUGAUACUUGAUAGUGGAAAAACUGAACUGAAAACCUGAGAACUGGAUCCUGCAGAGUUUCUGAGUAGCCAACUGGAAACAAAGUUGGGCUUGUAUGUCUGCUUCUUUUUAUUUAAAACUUGGCCUUUGAUUUUGACCUAUUUACAAUAAAUAUUUGUAAAAAUCAGGCUUUAUGUUACAUUAGGUGUUUCAUGAUAGAAUGUCUGCAUGACCCCUUAAAGCACUGUUUAUCUCAACAGCAUGAAUCACUGACCUAAAACUAACUCCUCUUCUUCUUUUACAUUAUAAACAUAAUUGUUCUAUAUAUAGAACUACACGUAGCUCCAAAAAGCAUGCUAACUGCAGGUUAGGUAAUGCAUUUGCAGUGAGAUUAACCAAAUAGUAAUUAAAAAAAUAAUGAUAUGAAAAGGCAGAGCUAAGAACAGGAACUGCCCAACUCCUGGGGCCGGGCUGCUAAACAAUCACGUUUUUUCUCCCAAAAUGUAAGGAAACCACCCGUGGGAUUCCGAGGGGAGGAAGGGGCUGGUGAUGCUGCCCUGGCUCUGCUGUUCAGCCCCGUCCAGCGUGGAGGUUUCCGUGCUCAAACGCUUGUUUGCCUGCUUUGCUUUUCUUUCCAAGCCACCGACUUCAGGAAUGUUUGUUUUUUUCAGCCUUGAAUUAAGCCUAGUGUUUCUAAUUGGCUGUAAUUGGCUUCUCCCAAAGGCUGGGCACGGAAUGCUGUAGGACCACGCUGAAGGGGCAGGCACUGCCCUCUCUUACUCUAAAACCUUCUCCCUGGAGUUGGUGACAUUCGUGUGAGCGUCAUCAGCCACCACGGAGGGGUCUGAGCCACCUGCUCCCAGAAGAGAGUGGAUUAUUCUGCACCCGGGCUGCUUCCGUAUUGAACUAAUUAAGUUGUUAAGCAAACGUUAAUGAUCGAGCACCUCAUGACUUCUAUAUCUGGAGUAGGGUUUAAAAAAAAAAAAAAAAUCCUCUUUGCUCCGUUGGUGUGACCAUCGACCAGCAGCCACUUGAACCCCGGGUUCGUGCUGCACUCUGUCCACGUGCAGAGUUCCAGGGGAAAAAACUGUCUGUUGCUCUGUUUAAAAAAAUAUUUCUGAGUUUAUUGACAUUAAACACUCUUUUUUUCUGUAUUUUCUGAAA